UGUAACGUUGGUCCCUUCUCUCUCCCCUUUUCCCCUGUCACUCUCACUCAGCGCUAAGUGAGAAACACCAUCUUCUUGCCAGACCCUCCGCAUCACAAACGGGCUGUUUUAGGCUGCGGAAAGGAGGCAUUUUGCUAUAACAUUUAAGAUUUAUCAGGAGGAGGAUAAAAAGAAAAAUAAAGUGAGUUAUUUUGCUGAAGUGAAGAGCCACAGAAGGAAUUUGGUCUAAUUUGCUGAGGUUUACCUGCAUGAAAAUGGACAUCUUUAUGGAUAAGGAUUUUGGUAUGCCUGGUAACGCUACUCAUGCAACAGGAGGGCCAGAAGGCAACAAAGGACAAGGACUCAAUCACAGUGACCCACUGGACAUGUUUGUUGGGAUGGAGCUUCUUCAACGAUUCAAACCUCUAUUUUUGCCCCUCUACUGCCUUGUUGUGGUUGUUGCAGGUGUUGGAAAUUCAUUCUUACUGGCUUGCAUUUUGGCAGACAAGAAACUCCAUAAUGCCACCAACUUCUUUAUUGGUAAUUUGGCGGCCGGCGACCUACUGAUGUGUUUAAGUUGUGUCCCACUGACUGUGUCUUAUGCCUUCGACAGCCAUGGUUGGGUUUUUGGACAACCGCUCUGCCACUUGGUUCCCUUGCUGCAGUGUGCCACAGUGUUUGCCUCAGUGCUUUCACUCACUGCCAUUGCUGUUGAUCGCUACGUUGUUGUAGCUCACCCAGUACGGAAAAGAAUUUCUGUUUGGGGCUGUGGGGCAGUGACUCUGGGUGUCUGGCUUUUGUCUCUGGUCCUGGCUGCACCUCCGUCUCUCUACACACGCUACCUGGACCUUCGUCCCAGUGGGAUAGACUUGGUGGUGUGUGAGGAAUUCUGGCCAGAUAGUGGCAAUCUACGGCUGUUAUACUCCUGCUUCAUUCUUAUAACCUCCUACAUGAUCCCACUGCUGUCCGUCAGCAUCUCCUACUGUGCCAUCACUGUUAGCCUAAAACGCUAUUCAGUUCCUGGGGAGCCAUCCAGCAGUCAACAACGUUGGAGCCAAAGAAGAAAAAAGACCUUUUCUCUACUGGUGGCCUCAGUACUAGCAUUUGCCCUGUGCUGGCUGCCUCUCCAGGUGCUGAAUCUUUUGUUGGACCUGGACCCGGAGUUCCUUAUCAUUGGAAAACGCUACAUAAAUGUCCUACAAGUUUGCUGUCAUUUAGUAGCAAUGAGUUCUGCAUGUUACAAUCCCUUCAUCUAUGCCUCACUGCACAGCAAGGUACGCAUGCAUCUGAAAGGCUACCUCUGUCCUUGCCGUAGUCGUCAGGGGGAAAUGGUUGAUAGAGCACCAUCCAGGAGCUGAGUGUUUGAUGCAACUUCAGUGACAGCUUCUACCAUGCAGAGCCCAUUUUACCCACAUGAUUCAUCUUAACAUUCAAACAGAUGUUCAGAUAAUACAGCACACUUUCAAUGUUCAUUUAAACCCUUUUCUCUCAUGGCUGUUCAGCUUUUAUUUACUUCAAGGCCUUUAGUAUUAUUUCAUAUCUCACCAGAGUUAACACAAACUGGUAAAGUUUUAUAUCAGCCUGUGUGAUGUUUAGCUUGACCAUCAAGUGGAAAACAGCCUAAACGUUUGGAUAUUUGCUUUUUUCUUGAACAUCUAAGCUGCUGGCUUUGACAUGAAGCAGACUCAAGCUUUAUAAAGCCACGCAGAGGCAUAAACCAGCCUUGAGACUGAGAAAAGCCAGGCCAAAGGCACAUGUUGAAGACUGAAGGUGGUUACACUGGUUAAAAGACUUGAUUGUACCUGCAGUAAACAUUUCAGAGUUGGCCGGACAAUGAAUUCCUCACACCAGAUAUGGAAUACAAGCCAAGAAGAAGAAGUUCAAAUGAAUGUUUGUUUAAUUUUAUACAUGGCAAAUGUCUAUUUUUCCAUUUUUUUUCUGCCUUGCUUGCCUUAAAAAAACUAUAAUUAUUAUUUAGUGAUGAAAUGCACAUUCAUUUGCAAUUGUUUUCAUGCUCAUCAUUUUAUUUCUCAGUGGCAUCUGUAUAGUUUAGAAAUGUUUGUAAAUAGUAUGUGUUUUGAGUAUAGAAGGGAAUAUGUAAAAGAAAAUACGUAUGGCUCAUUCCAGUGCCAGUAUUAACAUAAUCUUAAAUUCAUAAAGAUGUUACCUGACAAACGGUUAGUAAUUUGGAUGUGUCUGAAAAACAAAAUGUACUUAAUACUUGGCUUAAUAUUCAGAUCAUGAUCAGAACAGUCACUCAUAAGCAUCUCUGUUGUGACACCACUCUUAUUGAGCUUUUGUGAAGUAUGAUUAAUGAAUUCAAAGUAUCUACGUCAAAUCAAAUUCAAACCAGGGAACAAGUUAAUAUGACCACCUGCAUUUGGCACCGACUUUAUUUUUGUAUUUUUUAUUGAUUUUGCUUUGACUGAUAAUUUGUCUUUUCACUGGACAGUUACAGUUUACACUCAUACUGAUUGAAAAAUAAAAGUAUCAACAAGUGUUUAACAAAAUAUUUAAAGAAUAGCAUGUGUGAUUGUCCAACAGUAAUCCCAAAAAAUAUCAUCUGUUUAGUGAAGCUGCUGGUAGAAGCAGAAAUAUCCAGCAUAGCAUUAGAGCAUUACCAGCUCCCCUGGCCAAUGGUUCUGAAGCCAGCUCUUACAUUUUAACAAUCAAAUUACUUUUCUGCUUGUUGCCUGGCAGCUGGGUAGUCCUCUUCUUUAUUUUUAGGUGUAUAUUCUUUGGUGAAAUUCCCAACAAGCUCCCCUAGUGAUUUUGAUUUGGUUCUGAUGCUUUUGGGGACUUAUGAUUUAGAUUUAUUUAAAACAUAUGUUAAUUAUAGUUAAAAUUGUCACCUAAUUUUCCCCAUGCCUAUUCCUUUGUAACCUGAGGCGACAGAUGUUUGUUUCAUAUUAUUAGACAGCGUUUAGAUGAAUGCAGAAAGGAGAAAAACAUCAGACAGUUGGCAUUAUGGAGAAAAAAAAUGAAAAUAAAAUGUAAAUUUUUCAUUGCGGAAAUGCAUGUGUCAUUCUUUACUGAUUUCUUAAAGAUGAUCCUUUCCAGGUUUGAAUUAAGGUAAUAAUUAACUGUUGUUAACCUUUUAGGGUCUACCAUAUCUCUUCUGUAAUCAUGUGAACCCCUCCAUUGUAACAUUCAAUCAAAGCACACCCUUAUCAAGUAAUUAACUAUUCAAAAUAAAUAACAGCUCCGUU